AUGCUUCAGCUGCCCGCCAGCCCACAGUGGCACGCCGCCCCGCCGUCGGGGUGGAAGACGCGCAAAGUGGUCCUGCUGUUCAUCGCGUUGAUCGCUAUCGCGUCCCUCAUCCUCCUCUCCCAGAACGACGUCACCACAGCCGUCAGCAACGUCUCGGUCACCACAUCCUCCAUCUUCAAGACUGACUCAUGCAAAGGAUGGGACCCACAUGCCGCUGAAGAACUCGAUCCACCGGAGUGCUUCCGCGCGCAGCAGUUUCGCCAGAUUGCGCAAUUCACCGCCACGCCUGAAUAUGCGGCGCUCAAAGACGUGGGCCAGCUGCGCGCUAUUAACCGCAUCACGAACUGCGCCCUCGGCGUCACUGCGUGCCCCGAGCGGCCCCUCAUCGUGUCCGACUAUGAGUUCAUCUACAAUCCGGAGCAUAAGGCUGGCGUUGCGCACGGCGAGGAGGUCUGGGUGUCGUCGCUCGUCGAAGGGAUCCGGCAGAUGGGUUACGAGAUGCUCAUCUUCAACAAAGACGAGAAUAGGACAUGGAACUACACCCGUCUGCUCGACAAGUCAAUCCACAUGUACUUCACGGACGCGAACCACGCCUUCCGCUGCUUUCACAACCCCCACUGCGUCCGUCCCGAGGACUACGUGCGUCCAGCAACACACGCCAUCGAGGAGCCGCCGGCGGCACUGCGGGGCGUGCUGCCCGCAUGGCGCAUCUUUGGACUUAGCUUCUGGGGCGCAAGGCCAAACAAGUACAACGCCAUCUUUCUUGAUACCGCGAAGCACUGGGGCAUUAACGGCGACGACGGGCACGAAGAGUGGUCGCACCAUGUCUUGGGCACCAAGUGGCAGAUUGUUCCCUUUGCGUAUCCGGGCCACACGGAUAUACCCAUGACAAUCGAGCAGGCGUGUCUGCAGACGCCAGUGGUGCCCCUUCACGAGCGAGAGGACGGCAUCCUGAUCCUGGGGAAGCAUGCUCCGUACCUCCGUGGCGGGAUCAUCAAGGGCAUCCAUCCAGCAUGGGACGACAUUGUGCGCGCGAUGAAGCGGGAGGGCGUCGAUUUUUGGCUUACCGCCAAGCCUGAUCCCAAGAUGCCUUUCCCAGAGGGCAUGGUGUCGCUCGGGUGGCAGGCGCCCGCCGAGUACCGCCGCAAAGCGGGAAGCGCGAAGGCUAUGCUAGGCAUUGGGAUGCCAAGCAUCUCGCCUAGCCCCUACGAGGCGCUGUGUGCCGGUGUGCCCGUCGUGCUGCCCAAGAACGGCAAUCACUCUGCUAGCGGGUGGGAGAUGUUUGAGCCGACAUGGUUCCAGCAUGGCCCACUGCAGGCGCUUGGCACGCCGUACGUCUACUCAUAUGACGGCAGCGACCCACAAGAUCUCGUCGAGCAGCUGACCAAGGCUGUCAACACGCCGUACGUCUACUCAUAUGACGGCAGCGACCCACAAGAUCUCGUCGAGCAGCUGACCAAGGCUGUCAACACGCCGAUCGAGCCAUUUAUCCCGCCCGACAUGACCACAAAGGCAGUGUUCGCACGCGUCAAGGAGGUUAUUGAACAUGACUGGGAGGCCGAGUACCACGCUGUACGGGCGGCCAAUGGCGGCCGCAACCCGGGUUACAAGCCGAUUCAGUGGGAGAAAUGCUGGGAACGAGGAGUGUGUGACCCGGCUGUGCUCAGCCACCGGCCUUGA